UGGUAGGGGUGAUGGCGUCAUUUUAUGCCCUGCUGUAGCCUCCUGCUCCAAUUGCGAAGGGGAGACGGAUCUUUGGCCGACGCGACCGUGGCUCCCUUGGCCGGGAUCGAGCACCGCCGAGCCGGACACCUCACCCCGGGAAACAUGGAGGCUGUGGCCGACGAGCUGCUGGCCGGCUCUCGGGUACCUGUCACUAUCGAUCAAAUAGUUAACGAUACACUGGUGGUGACGCUGACCUAUCGAGAAAGGAGUUACACGGGGAUAUUACUUGAUUGCGACAAAAAGACUGGGCUAUUCUGUCUACCGGAGUUUACAGCGAAACCCGAGGACUGCCCUAUAUCUAAAUCCGCUUGUGAAAUCCCAGAAGUUCUGAGUGAGGAGCCAGUUUCCAAAUCUCCCAGCCAGGCUUCAGACAGACCAAAGGAUGAAAACACUCUCCCUGAAAGCAGCAUACCUACUGCACCUCUUCCCUGCCCCAUACCCACACCAGUGCCCGCUGGACAGACUCCUUACCCUCCUUAUUUUGAAGGAGCCCCGUUCCCCCAGCCCUUAUGGGUGCGCCACAGCUACAGCCAAUGGGUACCUCAGCCCCCUCCACGACCAAUCAAGAGAAAGAAAAGGCGGACACGAGAGCCUGGCCGCAUGACCAUGAGUACUAUCCGUCUGCGGCCACGGCAGGUACUAUGUGAAAAGUGCAAGAACACACUGAACAGUGAUGAGGACAGCAAAGAUGGCAUUAGCAACACCAAGGCCUCUAGAAAAGAGAACUCACUACAGAGCGACGAUGACGGAGAUGAUAAGGAUACCCCCACUAAGCUGUCACGAAAAGAGGAUGUAGUCGCAACUAAGGACACUAAGAGACGGGAAAAUGGAACCAGCCUUGACAGCAAGCGCCUCAGGAAGGACAAAAGGGGGGAGCCCGAAGGGGAGAAGUUCCCCGGAGGUGACGUUAUCCCCCACAGUCCCGUCAUAAAGAUCUCCUAUAGCACUCCACAGGGCAAGGGGGAAGUCAUGAAGAUCCCCGCACGAGUCCACGGUUCCGUCAAGCCGUUCUGCCCCAAACAGCUGGUGCAGAACGGAUUGGGAGAAAACGGCAAGAUGCCUUCCGAUCCCACCAAGGAGCAACGGCACAUUCUAGAUGCCACAAGGUCUGGCCUCACAGUGUCCAUUCCCAAACUCAAACUGACCAGGCCUUUCACGACCGUGGGUCAGGACUUGCCUUCUCCAAAGAUCCGCUUGAGACCCCCUCAGCAGGAGGGCGAUGAGAGCGUGGUCGAGUAUGAGGCAGAACUUGUAGGAGGCGCCAGGAGACGAAGCCCUAGGGUUCCUGGCCCCUGUCUCCCCCACUCUGAAGACUCAGGGGAAGGCAAGAACUCUCUAGAGUUGUGGUCAGGGAGUUCGGGGGAGGAGGCGGACCGCGGCCACAGCGACCUCACCCUUCUCAUCAAUUUCCGUAAGCGCAAAGCGGAUUCUUCUAGCCUGUCGGUUUGCAGUAGUGACAGCCUAGAUGAGUCCAAGUCCUUCAGCUCGGAUGGCACCUCACCGGAGCUGUGCGAUUUGGCGCCCGGCGAAGACCUUUCCGUAACCUCAUCUUCCGUACCCUCACGGGAGGACUGCAAGACAGUGCCGCCGCUUACGGUGCGACUUCACACCCGCAGCAUGGCAAAAUGUGUAACAGAAGAGGGUCACGCCGUGGCGGUGGGCGACAUCGUUUGGGGGAAAAUCCACGGCUUCCCCUGGUGGCCCGCACGCGUCCUCAACAUCAGCGGUACCCGCAAACAGGAGUCGGCUAAUUGCGAGGCCCAGUGGCCCCAGGCAAAGGUGGCGUGGUUCGGUUCGCCGACCACCUCCCAACUCUCGGUUGCCAAACUGUCACCCUUCAGAGAGCUCUUCAGGUCCCGCUUCAACCGCAAAAAGAAAGGGAUGUACCGGAGAGCCAUACUGGAGGCAGCCAAGGCCGUGGGUCACAUGAGCCCAGAGAUUACAUCGCUACUAUCCCACAGCGACACGUAGAGGCUGAGGACUAAAGAGAGGUCUCCGAGGUUUUUUCCUGAAUUCUCAGACUCUGUCAUCAAGACCCAGGAGGGGAGUACGUGUGGUUGCCAUGGCUACUAUUUAUAUGCCGUUUUUUUUUUUCUUUUUUUUUUUCACAAGGCUGGUGGAAAAUGGCCGCCAAGGUGGAGUGUUGUUGAGACUGGAUAAGGGAGCAAAAAAAACAAGGCCAGGCAUCUCAUGGUCUACUAUGAACUGAACAAUUCCUCUCCUUUUUUUGUUUUGUUUUAUUUUGUUUUCCUUUUUUUUUUUUUUUAGAUUUAAUCAUAUUUCAAUAAUAGAGCCGAAAUAAUGACACUACAGGAAACCCGAAUGUAUUUAUUAUCUGUCACGGUUUGAGUCCACCUUCCUACUACAGUCGUGCAAAACCUCCCAGUCUGCUGCUGUCACUAUCACGGUCCUUGCCGCCCGAUGUGUUCACUGCGAUGUCCGACUCGUCCAGCCGGAGGACGCCGGUGGCUUCCUCAAAGAAACCCCCACCACCCCCUUACUCCCCGCCCCCCCCCUCCUCUUUUUCGCACGGACACUAGACAUUUUACCCCGGGUUUAAAAAAAAAAAAACAAGAAGAAAAAAAGAAGUCUUAGCCUGAAUCCUCUUAACUUCUGAAAAUGUGAACGGCUCCAUCCAGAGACAGUAGUGACUGUUCCAGCUCUUCUAGCGAUCACAGUGUUCCAUCCUCGUAGCCUUCUUCUGCGACAUUAGUUGGAUUUGUGGAUGUACUGUAUUUAUACUGAACUCUGUCGUCUCCAGAAUAAUGUGUUAUGUGUCUCUCUCUUCCAUUUCAUUUUUUUUUUUUUUUGUGUGUGUGUAGAGGUGUCACGUCAAGCAAACUUCCCCUCCGACUCAUUAUUGUUAUUGGUUUUUUUCUUCCUGAGAACCAUUUUUACAUCACUUUUAAUUAUUUAAAGCGUCACAUUAAGAAAAAAAAAGCACUUUAUCUGUACCUUGGUGGCCUGCUGUAAGCUCACUGUCUGAAACACUAUUUGCGAGAUACAGCCCUGAUAGGCAGCAGGGGAAUCCAGAAGUCUUUGUGGUUGACUAUCCAUGGCCUUGGAGUUUAAAAAAACACAAACAAAAAAACCCUUUUUUUUCUUUUCUUUUAUUGUACGAUUUUUUUCGGGGGACAUCAGACACCUGUUGCGGAUGGUUGUGUACACUGUAUUCUCGCAUUUGACUUGGGUGUGUUUCUCUCUCUCAGCUCUCAUCUACCACACACAUACAAACACACACACACACACUACAAAAAAAAUUCCACUUCCACUGGAGAAACAUGGGUCAACAAAUGUGUCAAAGCCCCCUAUGCAUUAUCAGUUAAAGCUUUAUGAGUGACUUUGGGAGGAGAAAAAAAAAUAACAUGCUGUAAGAAUACUGUGAAUUCAACUGCUGAGUGUAAAGUGUGAAGAAAAAAAGCUCGCUACUAGUCGGGAGCCUGCAGUUAUUGAGGCAUUGGGCAAAAAAAGCAGACUGCGACGCUGACCUUUAGUGACCUUUGUGUUUAAAAGCAGCACUGUUGGAAUAAGGGGGAUGGGUGGGGGAGGCAAAGACCACUGCUGUCAAACGCAGCCAGGUCUGUAUUUAAAAAAAAGAAGAAGAAGAAAACGUACAGAAAAUUGCACACACUGUCACGCUCAGCCAACCAGCCCCAGUCUCCUUUUUCCUGCUCGUCCGGGGGAACGGUUUUGUUCUCAAUCAAGGCUGAAACAACAACAAAACGGCUCCCGUCGAUGGUCAAUGAGAGAAAUGUGCUGUUUUUUAGAACGGGAGCAGGUGACGCACUCCUCCUCAUUUUGAUAAUCUGCGGUUUUGACUGUUUUUUUUGCCGUCAAGCCCGGCUAGUGUUCUUUUUUUUUUUUUUUUCCCAGGCAGCCUUACACGAGGAACGGGAGGGUCUAAAAAAACGUACGUACGCCUGAGAGGGAGAAAACGGUCGUCAGGAUUUUUUCCCGUGUAAUGAGCAACAUGGCUAUCUACUGUUGCCCACGUCGGUCAAUGUUAUUGGCUACUUUUUUUGUUUUCUUUUUUACAUGUACUGUACAUAAAAUAAAAUAAAAUAUACAA